AUGCGGCUCUCAGCAGCAUUUAUGGACCUCCCUGCCCCGGAUAUCAAUCCAGGUCCCUCUCAGAACGUCCCCGAGAGUCAUAUAUUCGACCUUAUGGGUCCUGCUGAGAGUCAAUUUCUCAUGGACAACUUUCACUCAGAAGACUGGGCUGGAAUUGCCCAGUCUCACUCAGAGCCAGUUUUGAUGACAUCCGCGGAAACGCCGGGUUCAAGUCGAACUCGAUCUGCCCGUCGAACCAACCGACCAGCUGCGCUCGAUCCAAACCCUUUAUUAAUUACCAAACCAAGUUCGAAAAGGACAAAAACACCUAUUAAGCGGAAGCGUGUGAAAAGUCAGGUGAAUAUAGUGUGCACUAGCUGCCACCGAGGAAACAGUCCUUCAAACAACCUGAUCGUUCUCUGUGAUGGAUGUGACGCUCCAUGGCAUCAGUUAUGCCACAAUCCGAAUAUUGGUCGCGAGCACAUCCAGGUAGUGGAGAUGGAUUGGUUUUGCAUCAAGUGUAACCCCAACCAACGUGAACCCACGCCCAAAAGUUCUUCCAAAAAGCCCGGCCGUCCAAAGAAGGCCACCAUUUCUGGACAAACUGAACACCAAUACUCAGAAAAUGAUCGCCGAGCAUAUCUCUCCUCACUUUCGCACGAAACCCUGGUCCAGCUCAUGCUAAAGAUCUCAACCGACUGGCCCCUCGUGCCUAUCUUCCCUCCCAACAUGCAACAUUCCACGUCAUCCAAACCCGGCCCAUCUGCCCCAGCCGCACUCAGUAGCACGGCUAACAAAAACCAAUCCUUCACGCUCCCCCACGCUACGAGCCAUAUCACCCAAUCUCAAUCUCAAUCCCAAUCCCAGCCCCAGCCCCAGCCCGCACAACGCGCAACCCCCGAGGCUCUAACGCGACUCCCCUCGCAAGCGUUCACCCGCACACCAGCUCGCAAAUCCUACGCCGAAUACUCAGACUCCGACAUCCUCAGUGACGACGAGUCCGACUCUCAAUCCAGACACUCUCCCGCCCCGUUCCAGUUGCAGGCUGAGUCGCCGCAUGACACGGAUUAUGACUCUGAGGAUUAUCGCUCUUAUCCGCAGGCUUGCCGGGGCUUCCAGGUUCCGGUGUCUGUGAAUGAUCUGGAUAUCAUGGCAGAGGAUGAGGGGUAUCCGACUUUUAGUCAUUCCAUUAGGGGGAAGGAGGGUCAGCGGAAGAAAUGA